AUGGGCAAAAAAAAUUUUGCAAAAAAUUCAAAUAAUUCAACGCGUGGUGCUGUAUUUCGUCCAAAUGGCCAACUAACUGAGACCACAUCUGCAUCUGUAUGUGAUAUAUUUACUACGCGCGAGUAUAAAAUCAGCAAAUACAACGGGACCACCAUCAGCAGCGUCAUCAAGUAUAUAUUCCACCGCCAAAUUAGGACGCCGCAUUGGAGCGGAACAAGUCAAGCUGUAAAGUACCAUGGCAAGAAAAACCAUUUAGAAUUGGCAGAUAAUGAGAAAAAAUGCAAACUUUUGUAUUUAAUGCUAAAGAAUGGCUCUUCCAUAUCUACUACAAACCCCUUGUGUUAUGCCAGGUUUCGCUCUGACAUCUUUGGUGCAUUCAGCAUUUCCGUUAUGAUAGAGCCCAGGUAA